AUGAACGGUUUCCUGAUUCCAACCAAUAUCACUCAUUCGCCAUCUUUGUCGUCUUUAUAUGUCACCUCUUCCCCUCCCUCCUCCUCUUCCUCGCCCUCCUCCUCCUUCUUCUCCUCAGCAUCAUCAUCAUCAUCAUUCCGUCUCGCUCUUUUCUUUUUUCAUUUCCGACUUUCUUUUUUACCCCUCUUCGUUCCCCUUUUUCACUUCUCAUCUCCUCGUCUAAAUAACUCUUCUUUCCCACUUCAGUGUUUAUUGUUAUCUCCUCGUCUAAAUAACCUUCUUUUUUCAUGUUUAUUACUCUUUUUUUGCUCGAUUGCUCUCUGUUCACAUUCCUCUCUCGCAAAUUCACUUCCUUCCCUAGCGCUUCCUCCUCCUGUCACUCUUACGCAUUUAUCUGCUAUAUUUUCGCUUUCUUGUCGUGAUUCGUCCCUUUUAACUUCGCAUUCCCGGACAUUCUUAAUAUCUUUUCUUUCUUGUCUUUCUGUAAGUUUUCCACUUUCUUUAUCAGUUUCACAUCUUUAUCUAUCUAGACUUUUCCUACACAUUCUAUGUAUUUUUUCUUUUAUUUCUUGA